AUGUGUAGAUCGUAUGGUCACGAAGACCUUGCUUUCUUGUUGUUAGCUGCUGGUCAGCGAAGCUUGCAGAAUACUGAAACUUGUUUCUCUCCUGGCACGAGUACCACAUCGAUAAGGCUUUGGCUUAUGGUCUGUCUGCUCUUGUCAAAAGCUACGCUGCAGGUCUUCAGGAACUUGAACUUCAAGGACAAUAAUCCUUUCUGGACUUAG